UGGCGGGGAGGGCCUGUCCCUGGGCGGGGCCUCGGCGUGACGUAACGUGGGCGGGGCGCGAGCGCGCGCUCCCGCGGGCUCCGAAGAUGGCUGGUCGCUUGCUGGAGCGGCUUGGGCGGGUCGCGCAGGACGACUAGGAGGGAGCUCGCCCGAUCGGGGGCGCGGGUUGGGCUGUAGCAGAAUCAGUGGCGGAGUCUACAGUGUACUGUACUUGUGAUGUUUCGACUCUUUCCCACUCAAUGAAUCAAGACGGGGCGGGGGGCAGUUGCUGACCCAGCCUCUCCGUCAGACUCCUGGCCUUGUGUCACUUCCGGGUCCUAGGAGGAAGUGGGUUGGUUGACUGGGCAACCGCCUGGCGUCCCUUUACCCCUGGAUUCAUCUUCCACCAGGUUGGAAGACUGAACCCAGAAUAAGCCUUUGUGGGCGAAGAAGCCAGGACGGGGAAUUUUUGUCUGAGGGAAGGUCACUUGUCCACCUUAUACUUGCUGCUAGGAGGGGAGAAGUUUAAGUGUCACGUUUUGCAUUUAAUAACUAAAUCAAGGAGCAGAAUUUAGACCUAAUGUGGAGAUUGCCAUACGGACAUUAAAAAGAGCUUCUUGGAUUCGCUGUCUUUUUCUGGACAUGCCAAUUUUGAAACUUAAGGAAUCUACUUCUACGGUGAUGUUUUCUGAAACAUUAAAGGAAAUUGAUGAUGUCUAUGAAAAAUAUAAGAAAGAAGAUGAUUCAAACCAGAAAAAACGCCUACAGCAGCAUCUCCAGAGAGCACUGAUAAAUAGUCAAGAAUUAGGAGAUGAAAAAAUUCAGAUUGUCACACAGAUGCUCGAACUGGUAGAAAAUCGAGCAAGACAAAUGGAGUUGCAUUCACAGUGUCUCCAAGAUCCUGCUGAAAGUGAACGAGCCUCAGAUAAGGCAAAGCUAGAUUCUACCCAACCAGAAAGAUCUUCGAGAAGACCCCGCCGACAGCGAACCAGUGAAAGCCGUGAUUUAUGUCACAUGACAAAUGGGAUUGAAGACUGUGAUGAUCAGCCACCUAAAGAAAAGAAAUCUAAGUCAGCCAAGAAAAAGAAACGCUCUAAGGCCAAACAAGAAAGAGAAGCUUCACCUGUUGAGUUUACAAUAGAUCCCAAUGAACCCACGUACUGUUUAUGUAACCAAGUGUCUUACGGGGAAAUGAUAGGAUGUGACAAUGAACAGUGUCCAAUUGAAUGGUUUCACUUUUCAUGUGUUUCACUUACAUAUAAACCAAAGGGGAAGUGGUAUUGCCCAAAAUGCAGGGGAGAUAAUGAGAAAACAAUGGACAAAAGUACUGAAAAGGCAAAAAAAGAGAGAAGAUCGAGGUAGUAAAGGCCAUCCAUAUUUUAAAGGGUUGUCUUUUAUAUAAUUCGUUUACUUUCAGAAAAUGUUUUAGGAUAAAUGCAUAAGACUAUGCAAUAAUUUUUAAUCAUUAGUAUUGAUGAUGUAUUAAAAGUUGUUGUUCUUUGUCUGUGACCUUACUUUUCUGCACUGAAUUACCAAAUGUUUUAAACCAGGUAGUCUUCAGAUCACCUGUUGAAAGGAGCAGGGAACAGGGAGAGAGUGGUGUGAACAUUAUAAAAACUUAACAAACCGUUCCUAUUUCAUUUUUACUUAAAAUUCUGAUACUACUUUUUGGGUAAACACAAAAAUUUCUCUAGUAUUUUUGUCUAUGAGCAUAAAAACUUAGAUGUACUUGGAUCUCUCUAAACAUCAAGUUAUCUUGGGUAAUUUAAAAUAUGGCCACUAUUCUAUUUAAAGCUUCUUUUUCCCUAGCCCCUUUUAUAUCUAUACUUGUUAAUCUCUAGUCUUCUAAAAAUUUGAGAAACUGGAGAUAAGAAUUAUUUGGGAUUCCAUGUGGAAUAACGUGCUCUUACUAGAGUGUUUGCUGCUGUAUUUUCCUCGGUAGCAUUUUGAUACGUGGUCUGUAGCUCAUUUGUAAAUGCUUUGCUGCUUCUUGAAAAUAGAUACAUUUAAUCUAGUGUUUAUUAAGGGAGUUGCUUUGUGUUUUAAUUGGGACAAGUAAGGGUAGUUAGGAUACCAAAAAUGCCAUUGAUUUACAUUGGCAAAAUUAGGUUAUAUAGUAUCAUGGUUCAAGGUUGAUCAAUUUUUAAAAUGCAUCUUAAUAUUUUCAAUGUGGCUCACUGCUGGGAUGCUUAGCUGCAGGCCUCUCAGUGGAAAAAGGACAUAUACUAGUCUUUAAAAUAUUGCCUUUAGGUCAAACAGUUAUUUUAAAUAGUUUUGCUAGGAGAUAUAGUUCAUUUCUGUCCUGAUCAGUGAUUACACAUUAUUUUAAAUAAUAGUAUAUUUACCUUCUUAAACUUUCUGGUAUUGGUGCUGUUUGAUGUUUUCACGUUUAAUGAACUCAUUUCAUUAUAGCAGUGAAUAAUGUAUUUAUAAAUUGAGUUUUCCAAGAUUCUAAUAUUUUAAGGGUAAGCAUCUUGAUGGAUAUAUGUUCAUAAGAGUGGAGCAAUUUCUGGCUUUGGAGAACCAGCAAAUUAGUCCUUUAAAUCUGUGUGUACCUGACACUUUUUAUUCAUUUCCUCCUACUCUGAUGAUCUUGAUUCUUUUUAACAUUUGAAAAAUACUGUCUACUUGUGUGGGAAAAAAGUUGUUUUUUAUUUUUUUCUUCUGGCUCUCCUGUGUGACUUUCAGGCAUGACAUUUCACCUUGUCUGAGUGCCAGGUCAUUCUCCUAUAAAAUGAAUUGGCUUAUAUAUCUCCAAAGUUCUUUUGAAAUCUAUAGUCUUUGCAUAGUAUUGAAGGAUUUUAAUAAUUAAAUGACUGUUUUUCUCUUUCAUUAGUGUUUCCCCCAUUGUGAGAUAUAAGACGGUUUAAAGAUGAGUUUAGAGAUGGAUAUAUGCACAGUACUUGACUAGGUUCUGUCCUAAGGGUAUUUUAAUUGAUUACUAGAGUCAGUUGAUUAUAUUACUUCUUAAGAAAUUUUAGCAUGAGUAAUAAUUUACUAUAAUUUUGUUGAGUUUUAAAGAAACGUUUCUUGAGACUAUAGCAUUUUGUUUUAAGUAAUUAUGGUGAUGUUAACAGAAUGGAGCUGACACCAUUUAACUGAUACUAUUGAAAACACUAAUUUGAGCAGAGCCCCAAAAGCCUUCAGAUAUGACUUAUGUAGAAGUUGCUACAUUUUCUAUAUAAAUUGCCUCAGCAUUCUGAGGGGGAAGAAAGUAAACUUCCUAAUAGAAGUGCCCAAGUUUGGAUUGACUUAGACAAGAAAAUAAACCUAGAAAAUCCUGAAAGAGAUGCUCUCUUUAAGACUUCAUGUUUGAAGCACUGUUGUUUUUAUGAAUUUCUUUUUGUUUUCUAUACCCCAUGGAAAAUAGAAUUCCUAGGUUUAUGUAACAUGACUAAGAUUUCUUUUAUUAGACAUUCGAGAGUUCAUGUUCUAUUUCAUGUCAUAGUUACCAACUCAAAUUAUAUACCAGUGUUUCCCAAACUUGUCUCACAUUGGCAUUACCUUGAGAGCCUCAAAAAACACUUGAUACCUAAGUUCCAAUGCCAGUGACUGUUACCUAACUCAUUUGGAAUGAGCUUAAGCAUUAGAAUUUUUUAAAGAUCCUCUUGCUAAUGUACAGUUUUGGAACCACUGCCCAGUUUUGAAAAUAGAAAGUCUUUGCAUCAGCUAUUGAAAGUCUUCUAAAUAGUUGAAAAGACCAGCCUAUUGAAAGCCUCUGCAUCAACUACUAGUGGAUUGUCUAUGUCCAGAUUUGUACAGCUCUGCCAGGUAUGGUGGCACAUGACUGUAAUCCCAGCACUUGGGAGACUGAGGCAGGAGAAUUAGUCUGGACUGUAUAAUGAGCUCAAGGCCAUUCUGGACUAUAAAAGAAGAUCCUAUCUCAAAAUACAACCCCAGAAAGGAAAAAGUCAGAUUUGUGCAGCUUUAAAACACAUAUGAAUACUGAUGUGUACAGGAGAUUAUAUCUUGCCCACUUUAGUGCUUUUGUGUACCAGGCACAAAGUAUGUUGAAAGCAUUAUGCUUUUGUGAAAGAAAAAGCCCCUGCUGGACCAUACAUCCUAGUGGGAUAUGAGAUAUGUAUGUCAGAUAAACUAUGUAAGUGUAAAAAUAAAAGUAAGCUAGGGUAAAUGGAAAGUUGAAAGGGGGGAUGAGUGUUAAUUACAGUGAUUAACGAAACUCUGAGGUGGUAAUCAGGGCUGAUAACAAGAAAGUGAGGCAGAUAAAUUUGGGAGGAGGAGAGGAAGCUUGUCAGCACAACAUUAGAACACAAUGUGAAAGGGGCUUGGAAGUAGAGAAUUCUUGAGUGCCACACUGGGAAAUUUGGCAGCCUCAUUAAAGGUUAUUGGCUGAAGUCUGAUUAACAUUUAAAGGUCAUUCUGUAUACCAUGUACAAAGUUUAUUGUAUGCAGAAUAGCUGAAAACCAGGAAAUUUGGGAGACUCAGAAUUCUGUAUAAAUGCUGGUGGCUUAGGACAAGGUCCUGAUAAUGGAAAUGAUACCUAGUAGUAUUUGUCUAGGUCUUAAUAAAGACAGCCAGUAGACCUUUGGUCCAGGAAUUGGAAAGUGAGGUAAUGACAAGAACGAUUCUUAAGUUUUGGGUCUGAGGGAGAAAAAUUAAGAUUGCACAUAGAUUUGAGGUUCUUCUCUGAUACUUAGGAACUGAGCAAGCAAGUCCUGUGUAUGACACAUUGAGAAACGGGAGACAGGAGGUACAAAUUUGGGAAGUCAGUCUAUGAAUGGAGUUUGAACAGGUGACUGAAUUAGUGCUUCUCAAGUUUUUAUGUACCUGAGUUGCCUCAGUUUUUUAAAUUGCAAAUUUCAAAUCAGCAGAUCUGGUAUAGGGCCUGAGAGUCUGUAUUUCCAAUAAGCUCAUUAGUGAUGCUGAUGUUUUGAGAUCCACAUGUUGAGUAGCAAACAAAUAGAUCCAAAAGAGGGAGGAAUGGGCCUAAAGUACUCUUGACAUCUAAAGUAGGGAGGAACCAGCAAAAAUGCCUUCUGAGAACUGUCAAUGAAAUAAACUAGAAAAAUGAUACAAAGGAAACAAGGAGAUGAAAGUGUUUCGAGAAGGGAGACAUUCAAGCACUAUUCAAGUAAGAUGAGUGCUGAGAAUUGUCCAUUAGAUGGUUAGGCUUAAUAAGGUCCAAUUUCGGAAAUGAAAGUCUAGUUGGAGAGAAGAAGGGAAUUGAAGCAGUGAUAGCAACAACUGUAAAGAUACUGAAGCUUUGAUGUAAAAGGUUGCUGCAGUGUCUUUAUUCACUUAUUCAAACAGUCACAUUUGCAAAGCAUUCUUCUAGGUAUUAGGGACAAAGCAGUAACUCAAGGGUUUUUUGUUUUUUUGGUAAUCUAAUGAUGUUUAGAUUGUUGGAGUUCAUAACAGUAAAUGCACAUAGCUUGCGAAAUUUGGUACUGAUAAAAUGAGAUCAUAGUCUUGAAAUAUCUUCCAGUUUCUCAGUUACAAGCUAAGGGAAAAAGAAACAUUAGAAAUCUAGGAAUUAGAGGAAUAUGUGGAAUAUCACAAAAAUAGGAAAAUGCAUAGCAAAUAGAUGCCAGUUGGAACUAUGGGAGAGCUGAAGAUUGUAGUCAUAACUUCAAAUGAACUGGUGACCUCAGUCUACUGUCUAUAUGCAGGUGAGAAAGGAACCUAAGUAUUCAAAAUUUCCCAAGCGUAUAACAGAUUACAUCUUCUGGUUCCAUUUGUUUAUUUUUUGAGUAAGGUCUCACUAUUUAGUCCAAGUUGGCCUUAAACUCACUGUGUUUCCCAGUCUGGCCUUAAACUUGCAGUGAUCCUCCUGCCUCAGCCUUCUGCUGGGAUUAUGGGUGUGGACCACUUCACCCAGCUGUUUUGGUCUUUGUGUGCCUAGCAGGUGGCUUCAUAUCAGGGCUCUGUCACCCUACCUAGAAUGGAUAAGAGCAAGUCUUCAAGGAGCAAGUGGUAUAAAUAAGCUCAUCAGCUGUUCUGUUCUUGCUGAACCAUGCAUUUAUGGUUUGAUGUGGUUUAAGACAUAUUUUAAGGACAGUAUGUUAUUUGGGAAUUGCCUUUACUAUGAUUUCCUAACUCAUAUACAUCAAAGAAGCUACAAACACUGUUAAUAUAGGGAAGUGCUCUAAACCAGGAUUCCAGAGUUCUGUGUCCAUGGGUUUGGUCAGGUCAUGUCCUUGCCCUGCAGUUUGUUCAUGUGGAAAAUAAGUGACUUAAUAUAUGGUUAUAUUAACCAUGGCUAUUAUUCAUGUCCCUGGACAUUAGCCUGAGCCUCAUGGUCACAUACUUACUACCUGAGUAACUUUCAAAUAAUGGUUUUUAGUUUAUCUAGGUGGUAACUACUGAUGUAGAAUUUUCUAAACUUUAGACUGUAGAAGGAUUUCAAUGCAUUUGGCCAUUUCUGUGCAUUGUAAUAUUUAAAAAUAGUAUGUAGUGCUUUCGAAAUUGACUUUUUAAUGUAAAUUUAUUUUGAAAAGGAAGCAUAGCACUUUGCAGGUGGAAAAUUGGUAUCACUUUCUAUGAACUAACCAUUACCUUAAAUAUUAGCUGUGUAAUUGUAAAACUGAGCCCAGUCUACUUCCUGUUUAUUAGGUGUGCUUAGUAACUAAUAUUAUGUAGAGGUAAAAGACAAACACCGAAGUAAUCAAAUAGAUUUAAAGAGAACGUCCUUUAUUUAUUUAUUUAUUUAUUUACUAUUUAUUUUGCUGUUUUGAGACAAGGUCCCACUAUGUAGUCCUGGCUGGCCUCUGGCAAUCCUUUCGCCUCAGGCUCAAAGAAAUUCAGACAUUUCAAAUACUUCCUUACUAUCCUGCUCUGGGAAAUAAAGUAAGAGAAGGUUAACCACUCCAGUUUUCUGCCAAUAUAAAGCAAAAAUAGUAAUGUUUCUUAAUUAAAAGAUACCUAGCUACAUGCAAAUGGAUGUUGUCUCUUAAGCAGUAUUUCUGUAAACCCCAUAAGGAACUAACCAGCAUUAUAUUUAUCAGUAUUACAGUAAUUGACAUCUGACAGGACAAGAAUUUCUAGUCUUGUCUAUUUUCUGAUCUGAGGAAUUAAAAACAACAACAAAAGCCCCUCAAUGUUUCUCUUCGCCAUGUAAGAUUUCCCAGGCCAGCCUUCUAUCCCGUCUUUUAGGUCCAGUAUUCCAAACCUGAAGAAAAUCCUGUUACCCACAUAACUUUUUCAGUUACUCACUGGCUAGUGGGUUCUCAAUUUAGCUGUCUUCAUUAUAAAAGCAAAAUUUUCAAUUUUUUAAUGAAUUGAUGUGUCCAUAUCUGCUGUAAACCCUGAAGGAAUGAGAUUUUUAGUAUAGCACUUGGUAUUUUGGAGUUGUGUGUCUAUAAACACUAUGUCGAGCUCGUAAGUAUGUUGGUAAAAGUUACCCUGCCUUCAUAGGUCUUUAAAUCCUUUUGGACAUACAGUAACAUAUAAACAAAUACUGUUUUUACCCAUAUGCCACCAUAUGUUAUCAACAGUGAUACCCUUUAGUCUUGCUCCAGCAUGGAGAAACAUUUCCCUCAGGCUGCUUUUUGAAAUAAACGUAGCUGCUUUUAAUAUUUUUUUUUGUUCUUCUAAAAGUGGUUAGUAGCUUGUAUUCUUCUUUAGUUUAUUGUGUGUUGGAAAAGAAUUUGAUUGCAUUUGUAUUUAACUUAACAAAAAAUUAGAUCUUAAGAGAGGAUCUAGGUAAAUGUAUUUGUUUUUGUAAAUACGUGAAUUUUUUUUCUUAUUUACUCUCUUUCCUUUUUUCCUUCCCUAUUCUGUGUUCAGAUAGCAGUAUUAGAAAAUCUAUACUCACUUCAUGCAGCAAAAUCUAAUUACUUUGACCAGAGGCCUUAACUUAUUUAUAUAGCACACUAAUCUUAGCAACUGUACACGUAGAAGCACAGGUGUUAGAGCAGCUGGCUGGUUUUCUCUACAGGUGUUCAGGUUUUGGGUUAGAAACACAGAAUCUUGCCCUCAGUGGAAAGAAAUAGUUUUGGUUCAAAAAAAUCAUGCUUUAUUAAGAAUGUAAAAUGGUAGCUUAUAGCAUUUCCAAGCCUUUAAAAUAGACUUAAUUAUUGCUUUUUUUGUUACCUUCCUGAGACGGUAAUCUCCCCUAAAGAUCAGAAACUUCUAUGAUCUUUUGUGGGUCUUUUCUUUUUGAGGGGGUUCACAAAGGUUCAUUUUUUAUCAAAUUGUAACAAAUUCUCACAAAAUAAUAAUUAUGAAGCACUGAAGCAAAGUAGUGACUAAAGAGUUCUUUAAUUUUGACAGUAAUAACUUUGGCAUAGUUUUGGCUUUAAUUUAUGGUGCUAUAUUUGAGUAUUGCAUGGAGUAUUUUCUACAUCUGUAUUAGCUUAGUGUUACUUUGGGAUGAUUCUAACUAAAGGUGUCAUGUAAUAGAAGUGACAUUCAACACAUUUCUAAUUGCACAGUGAAAAAUAAGACUUUCCUAUGGUAAUUAAGAGAGAAAAAGAGGUAUUCAAGUAUUUUCUUUCUGUCUUCACAAUGUUAAAAAUCAUCUGUAAUUUUCUCUUUCUAGUAGUAGAUGAAAUACUUUGUCUGAAUUGAGGGAUUAAAAAGAAGUUUAUGUUACUUUCAUGCCAUUUAAAAAUCUCAAGACUUCAUCCUUUUAAGUUAACAAAAAUGAGUUUAGGACUUCAGUAAAGCACUUUUGUAUGGGCUUUAUAUGGGAGCAAGUUUGUAGUACUGGGUUAACUAUCUCAACAAGUGGCUAAUCCAGUGAAUUGCACAUAGUAGCUAAAGGUAGGUAUUAAUACGAGUUUAUAUGUAGAAUUAAGAUACAUGACUGAAUGUUUUAUUUUGUUUUUAUCAGACAGCUGCAUUUUGGUUUACUUGUUAUGUUCCACCAAGGUAUGUCUUACCAAGGAGGCAAGGAAAAUAAAUACUAUGCCAUGAAAGGGGAUUUUACUAUGCACAGUCAAUUGUAAAUAAUCCCAAAGUAGGGGCUGGGGAUUUAGCUCAGUGGCAUAAGCACCUGCCUUGCAAGCAGGCAGUCGUGAGUUCGAUCCCUAGUACCGAUUAAAAAAAAAAAAAAAGACAAAAAAAAAAAUCCCAAAGUGUAAACUGAGUGUCAUUUGUUUCCUUGACAUAUUUUCCCACAUGAACUGCUUCAUUAUGACUUAUGACAUUUCAAAAAUAAUUUAAGUAGAAUAUGAAAUAAUAACUUGUAAAAGCAUGUCACACAGAAUGAGAAGAGUGUUGGUUUGGGGGUGAGAUUAUGCCCUAAACCAGAGUUUACCACAGUUUUCCAGUGUUCCGUGUACUUUGUAGUGCUAAUAUGUCCAACAAAGCUGGGAUACUGUGCAUACUGUAUCCCUCCUCUUGAGGACUCAGAAGACAGAAGUUCUGAGAAACAAUGCCAAUGAUGCCCCUCCCUCUCCUAGCUAUUAAAAUUUUGAGGAAGUUGGGUCCUUUCAGAUGGUGUGAGAAUGUUGCACUACAUUGUUCCACAAAAGGGUGAAUCACAUUUAACUAUAUUGGGUAUGGGAAAUUACACCACAGCACAUCAUUUUCUGCAUUCUUACUAUAGUCUUGAUGCUAUUUGAACCAUUGUUUAAAGGUAUGAGUGAGGAAUAAGGACCUGCACCUUAGUGUUUGUUAAGCAUUUGUACUCAGUGGGACAUAAGUGUUUAAUAGGAAGCGUAUACACUGAAAGCUUUCCUAAACCAGUGGGAUGCAACAGAUGACAAUACUGUUUAAGAAUUGUGUGUGCUACUAGGUCAAUCUUGAAAAUAAUUUGUUCAGCUUCUUAGUUGGUAGAUGUAACCUAUAUUUCAUAGAUAUACAUGGACAACAAUAUUGAUUGAGAAACUCCACAAGGGACCACUGGUAAUCUUGUGCCUAUUUCUGGGAAAACAUGAACUACAAAAGGCAAAUGAUAAUGAUAAUCUUAAUUUGAGCCAUAUUUUGUAAUUACCAUAUGAGUUGAAUGCUGUGAAUAGUGACCUCUAAGCAACAGCCUUGAUUUACCAGCAGGUACUGACGUUGGUUAGAAUUCAGUGCCAUUGUGUCCUUUGGCUUUAGAAAGGUGUAAAGGUGAGUGAGGCUAUUUUCCUUGGAGAUUCACAUUAUUAUGUUAGGGUAAUUAAUUUGUUUCUGUGAAAUGCACUUACUGGAAGGUCAGAUUUGCUAAACCAGUGUCACUGUCAAAAAUUUCUUUGAGUACAGAAAUACCAUUUACAAGCCUAAAGCCUGAAUUGUGUAUGAGGCAAAAAGAUCUCUGGGAAAAUGGGGUAGCUUGUUGCUUAAGAGCUAUACUUUCUGUAAUAUCACUGAUGGGGUUACAGGUUUGCUAUUCGUAGCAUGGAUUAGAGACAAUGGGACAUUUGUCCUUUAAUUUGUUUUACCUCUUAACUAGUUGAGACUUUAGGAAAAUCAAUGACUAGGAAGGACAAUUAAAGUGAGUAUUCCUGGAACUCAAAGUUUAAGUUAAUGCAGUAUUUGAUACAUUGAUUUGUGUAUAUAUUGAGAGAUAAGAGGCUUCCUGUCUGUCUUUACACAUUUGCUUGUUGAAAGUUAGUUUGAGGAUAGUUUAAUUUUUAUUCUGAAGAGAAUAAAAUAUCACAUCCAAAUGAGGAUGAUGUGCAGAGAGAAUUUUGCUUUUCAUAACCAUCUUCUCAUUUUCUAAAAAAAAAAAAAAAACAAAGCUCAUAUACUAUCAUACAUUGCCUCAAGUUUUGCAAACUGCUGGAGGGUAAAUCCUAAAGUUUUCCUCUCAUUGCUUCAGUAUAGAUCUGAACACCAUGUUAAAUAAGAUAACAACCCAUUUAUUUGCCUCAAGUUUUUUUUUCUUGCUUGCUUUGAGGGUGUUUUUGGGUGCUGAGAAUUGAACCCAGGCCUGACACAUGGCUGAGUACUUGUUUACAAGUGAGCCACCAGCUCCAGCCUUAAAUCUUAAAAAGUUCUAAGCACUGAUAACUGAGAAACUACCUUUUCUUAAGAUACCAUAAAAUUUACCUUUGUCAUGGUUUUGACAAAAUAUUUUUUUAAAUAACUAUCAAUAUAACAUUUUAAUUGUGAACUAAUGACUUUAACACUGAUUUUAUUUUAAUACUAAUUUGACUAAAGAAAAUGCAUAACGUACACAUGUUAUUUGGUUGCAAAGAAAUAUAUAAAGAGUCAAUUGACUAAGAAUUAGAAAUAUAUUAUUAGCAUGCUAUCAUGUAGGGAAAGCAGAAGGGAAAUUGAAUUUUAAUGAGGAAGCAAUGUUAGUAAGCUAAAAACUGGCAUAGUAUUUAUAUGAUAUAUUUCAGAUAGAAGUUUUAAUGUUUAUAUUUUCAAAUGGCAAUAUAGGUAAUAUGGGAGAAAUGAUAUUCUUUGCAUUUAAGCUUAUGUGAAACAUUUUAAAGGUCAAUAUAUAUAUUAGAGGGGACACAUAUGAGAACAAAAACAUUAGAAAUCAUUGACAGAAAUAGUCUAUUCAACAGUCUGGCCCUGGCAUUCUCAUCUAUAUGGCUAUCCACUUCCAAAUGUUACCUUAGAUAUGCAGCUACCAAAGUCUUUACCUAACACCCAAAAUUGAAUUUUCAAUUUUAAGCAUCUACCGUCUUACCAAGUCCUCUUAUUGAUCUAACUCACUUCCUCCAAUCUGGCUGAAAGUUCUCCUGGACCAGCAAGACUCCUAAAAAUAUUUCUCCUAAAACUUUCCACCUGUUCACCUUCUCCAAUUGGCUUUUGCUUCUUUGCCUGGUACAUAUUUCACAGCCCCGCUGUGCCAAUCCCUUGCUUGUAUACAUUUCCAACUCCCUUAGUCCUUUCCUUUCUCAACCUUGUUUAAAUCCAACUCAGCAGCUGCAGCCAGGCUUCUAGACAGGGGCUAGAGCAACAUAAAAAUACGCCGGGUGCACUUCUCAAUUCAUGACAGACCUCAAGGAGGCCCUUAAAGUUGCCUGACCAUCCUACAUUUUCUUAGUCAAUUCAUUCUUUGACUAUCAGAUAUCACUGUAAUUUUUCUUUCUUCCAACUAUCAGUGCUUCUCCUUCCCAAAGUAAUUUAAUCAAUUUCUUUCACUGAAAACAACACCAAGUUCAUCAGAGUUCUUCACUGUCAUUUCCACCUGUCUUCCAUUCUGGGGUUACAGGCGUGCAUCACCGCACCGGGUUCCCACUGCCUUCCUUCCUUUGUGAUGGGUGACUGAUUUUUUUUAGGCCAACUCUUUUACUUGCACACAGAAACUGCAUUCAUCAGUUAUUGUCUCUGAAUUAUCGAGGUUUCUCCUUCCACUAGACUUUUAUAUUGUAUAGGUAAUGUUACAUUUCCAACAUAAAAUCAAGAAAAGAAAAUGACAGUAGCCCCACAUCCUGUAACUAGUGUUCUUUGUGUGUGUGUGUGUGGGGGGGGGUGUUCACCUCUAUGAUGAAACUUCUCAGAAGGGCUGCUUAUCUUUGUCACUCCUCUCUGUCUCUCUAUCUCUGUCUCUAUCUCUGUCUCUUUCUCUCUCUUUAGACAGGGUCUUGCUAGGUAGUUCAGCCUGGCCUUGAACUCACUGUGGAACCCAGAUUGACCACUAACUUGCAGCAAUCCUGCCUUAACCUCCCCAGUACAGCGGUUACAAAUGUGUUCCACCUCACCUGGUUCUUUCUGUCCAUUCUUUAAGGAAUGUCUUUGGCGUACCACCUGCUUUCAUAUUAUCAAAUUUGAUUGUCAUUAUCUCUUCCUGUGAACAUUUGACAGAAGAUCAAUUUUAAAAAAACACUUUCGUUUCCCCUCCAGGGUACAAACUACACUAGAGUUUCUUCCAAGUUACUGUUCCUUUUCAUUGUGUUUUGUUGACUGCCCUUUUUCUUCAAGUACUGGAGUAUAUUAGGCUAAGCUGUCAGAAGUCUUCACCCUUUAUAGACAUUCCCUGGGGAAUUUCAUCCUGCGUGGUGGUGUUAAACACCUUUCAAACUCUGAUGAUUCCCAAGGGCCUAGUGGCACCCAGCCGUCAUAUCCAGAUUUACAUAUUCAGAUGCCCUUAGCAUUUCUCCUUGUAUGUCUAAUGGACAUCUCAAAGUUAACAUGUUAACUCCCAAUUUUCAUAGUCCUUCUUUGCCACAAACUGAUACUUUUGUUAUCUUCUUUUUUUGUGGUAAAUGAGAAUGAGUUUCUUAUGCUAAAAAUCUUGAGGUCACUUUUGACUCCUUUUUACUUUUAUAGUAAAAAUAGUAAAUUGAUUAACAAUUUGCUUGCAAGUAUAAUUUGGCUUUCAAAAUAUAUUCAGCAGCCUACUUCUUGGUUGCUGCUUGCCUCAUCUGGACUACUGUUGCCUCUGAGAGGUCUGUCCUCAUAGCAUGUGCUGUCCUGAGUUGUCAUGAGUUGUCCUGAUUCCCCUCUGCUCCUUAUGUUUAUCACCCACAAAUUAGCUGAAGACAUUCAGCUAACUCAGUGCUUCCUCUAGCUGAAGUCUUCCAAUGGCUUCCCAUCCUAGAAUAAGUGCAUGAAAGGCCUCAGGCGACCAGUCUCUGAGCUCUACCUUCUUCUUGUGUCCUUUGCAUAUUCUAUCCAGCCACCUUGGACACUUGCUGUUCCUGAGCACAAGUGCUGUCUGGCCACAGACUCUGACACUGACUCCCAGCCCUGCUCACCUGCAUCGCUUGUCUCACAUCCGUUUCACCUGUUCCCUCUGUCAGGUAGCCACAAGUACUUACCUUAUGCUCUACAGUACAUCAGCAUUCUAACCAUUUAGUUUUUCUAAAGAAGACUAUGAUCUGUGAACUCUUACUAAAGAAUAAAGAAUAGCUGUCUGAAUUUAGCUGCCUCAGAGGAGGCAGCUAACAUUAUUAAUCCACAAAAGGUGAUAUUAAUCCAAAUAAAUACUGAAUUUGUAUAAUUUGAGAUAGUACAAAAAGGUGUAAAUGGAAAAGAAAUAUCCGCAAAGAAAACAGGUGUUCCAAGGAUGUGUUAUUUAUUCCUUUACCUUUUACUAUUUUUUAUAACUUCUAAUUAUUUGAAUGUCUUCAUCCAUUAAAAUGUAAGCUCCUCGAGAGCAGGAAAUGUGUAUUUUUUCACGGUUGAAUUUUAAGUGCCUAAAACAGCACUGACAUGAAAUAUAUUCUCAAUAAAUAUUUUUUGAAUGAA